AAAAACAAAAAAACUUUUUGCUCAACUUUAUUUUGAACAUGUUUUCAAUGUGUUCUAUUCAUGUGUUUAAAUCAGGGGUGUCCAAAGUCGGUCGUCAAGGGCCGCUGUCCGGCCUGUUUUCCAGCUCUCCAAGGGGCUGUAAAACAGGCCGUAAAGUGGCCAAACAGGCCCGUAGCUGGACAUGCCUGGUUUAAAUUAUGCCAUUAUGGGUUCUAAUGGCAAUUUUGGAAGAGUCUUUUUUAGUCGCUGCGUCUUAGCUGUGUGAUGCACAUUGAGUUGUUUUGUGAAUCAAGUGUGUUCUAAAAAGCUGCCUUGCAUUGUAGUACUGUAUUUUCAAUGCGACCACCGUGGGGCAGCAAAUCGCUACUGCAGUUUAUGUCGUUCUUCCACCGGGAGACCACGAGAAAGAAACAGCUUUGCCAUGGAGAUACAGUACGUACUAUCAACAAAGACUUGCAACGUCACACGAGCUAGUUUUAACUAUAGCCAAAGCCACCCCCGUGUGACAAAGGGGGACGAAGACGACGAGUUGGAAACCAGGACAGCUCCAAACAAAACAGACAAACUCCAUUUGUGCGGUAUGUGUCUUCAGGCCAGGAAAGAGAUUGAGAAAGUGGCUUGGGUGAAAAAACUAUGACGGGACUGCCGAGGGACGUCACAAGAUGGCUGCAAGGCCUCGAAUUGACCGUCCAACCAAUGAACGCACGCAGGGACUUUUCCAGUGGCUACCAUGUGGCUGAAAUGUUUUCCCGUUAUUAUCCCAGGGAUUUUGAAAUGCAUUCAUAUAGCAAGGGAGCGUCGUUCUCUGCCAAGCAGGACAACUGGAACAAGAUACGCCGGACACUGCAGAAGUUGCGUCUGCACCUGACUGAGAAGUUGGUCUACGGGACCAUCCACUGUAAACCCGGAGCGGCUGAGUUGCUGGUGCAGCAGGUGUACUUUGUCCUGACCAAACACAGGCCUCGAACAGCUCAAAGCCCAGAGUUGGAUUUCUCUGACCAGAAGUCCCAGCAGCUCCUCCCUUCGGUGGCUCGCUCCACUGCCACCUCGGCCGUGAAGAGCAACCUGAGAAAGAGUGAGAUCAUGGCCCUGCCUGACAUCCUCACCAACGGGAGGAGGGCUGAGGCCAUAAUCGGCAAGCACCUGCAGGACAAGAUUGCGGAUAGGACGGCGACGGACUGCGGGCGUUCAAACCUGGUGAGGUCAAGACUCAAACAGACGACUGGGCAAAAUCUGGGUCGAGAUGAAAGGCACUCUCUUGAGAUGUGCCUCCAAUCACCACUAAGCGGCGCUGUUGUCUCGUACAAGACCAUCAAAGUGAACCAGCCUGCCAGAAGACUUCCACAAAGCUGUUAAAUCAAACGUGCCCGAACCAACCUCCACAAAAAAAGAAAAACAAUUCAAGAGGUCAAAAGUGUCGUACAUCAGCUGUGACAUGCUCUUCUCCAAGUUUGCAGGACACUUUGCACCUUGCUGAAGUUAACCUGUUGCUGUUGGAUUGGAUUGUACCUGGUUAAGGCGGCAUGUCAUCGCCAAAAUUUGCUCCUGUGAAUUAGUGCAGAUCCAAGUAUGUGGCUCAUGUAGAGUUUCUAAACACAAAUAUCCCCACUCAUGCUGAAUUUACUGAGUGGGGGUAAAAAAGUAAGCACCUGAAAUAGGAGUGAAUAGUGAGCCAUCAUUCGUAUGAUUUUUAUUUAUGUUUUGCUUUGACUUGCAAGUCUUUGUUUAUUCUUAUUGUUUAUUCCCACUCUGUUUACGUUGACUGUCAAAGAAAACACAGAGUGACACAUUUCUAACAUCCAUAUAGCUAAACGUUCAGUCGGCCAGCAUAAUGCUAACAUCGGCAAUGAUUACUCUUGAUGUGGCUGUGUAUAAACGCUUUAAGCAAUGGAUGCUUGAAGAUGAACAGUGCAGUAACAUGUAAAACAGUACUACCCACAGAAA